AUGAGCGCAAACACACUUUCUGCUGUGGUAGAGACGCAGAUUCACCACCUGUGCCUAGGAGACUUUCCUUGUGGAUAUGGAAGCUGGAGAAAGAACAAAGACAGUGCAGAGGGAGGAGCAGAGACAGAGGAGACAGAUGCCCUCCUGGAUCUGCUGAGCUGCCCUCACUCUCCAUGGUGGCAUGAUGUCUCAUGGAGCCCUCAAGCUCCGGCCCUGAGAAAGCUGGCUGUCCUCUCGCCUGAAUGCCUGCACACUAACUUCAUUUACAGUUACUUUACAACACUACGCAUCAUGGACAAGGGUGUGUCGAUCGUUGACAAUGGCCUGUUGAAGUUCUCAAAGCUGGAGGAAUUAGUGCUGAACAGCAACAGAAUCUCGGAAAUCCCUGCAGAGAACCUUCCCAGCACUUUGAAGAUUUUGGAGCUACGUGCCAACUGGCUGUCUGAUCUUAACAGUCUCACCAGACAUGUGCCCCCUCGCCUGAAGUACCUCAGUCUUGGGUCAAACAGCCUCAGUUCCCAUGAAGAUGUCUCUAAUCUAACAGGAAGCCAUUGGCCACAGCUGGUAUGUCUCGACCUCAGUGACUGUGGCUUUCAGGACCAGAAAGCCCUGCUGAGCGCCUUGAGCACACUCCCCUGCCUUAAGACACUGGUGCUAGAGGGAAACCCCUUCACCCUUGUGCCCUCCUACCCGGGCUUCACUGUGGACAGUCUCCCGCAGCUGUCUUGCCUGGACACCUCAUGGAUCUCCCCUGAGGAAAGGCAUCGUUUUAGGGGCUUGGCCAAGAUGAGCGAUCUGAUAGUGGACCUUGCAUCAGCCACAGUGACCGUGGGCAGGAUGAAGGGAAUCCCAGACCCAGUGAUGAGUGGGGAUGAAAACGCUCCUGACUUUCCAGUUGUCACUCACAGCUAUUUUAUCACAUACGAGUUCCUUAGUCAUCAAACACCCGUUAACCUGAAAGUUGGCAGUGAGUCUAAAUUUGACGAAGAACAUGUGACAGAAGACAAAUCCAGGGACGCUGAUCCACAAUCCAACAAGAAUUGUGAAAGAGAAAUGUCCAGACCAGACACUAUGGAAACCCGCCAUGUAAUUGCACAUGUGUCAAGACACAGCACAUCGAAGCUAGCAUGGUCAAAGUGCAUGGACUUCAGCGACACGCAAACGUACAUUGUUAGUGAUCUGGGGAGCUUCAAGAAAUUCCUCAAUCGAGGACUUUAUCUCAGGGUUGAGGAGGAAAAGGUCCUAUCAUGGCCUGCGGCUUCUCAAGAUAUUGCAGUCACCCAACCCGGCCGAACUGUCAAAGAGAAGAAAAGCGGGAAAGGGAAAGAAUCUCCAAUCAAAUCUGGUUCCACCAGAGAAAAGUCCAAAGACAAAAAGAAGAAAGCUAUACCAGAGCUGGUCCAGGACGCCCCCAUCAGAAGAAGCCUCGGCUCUGUCCACAUCCCCCUGCAAAGUCUGGUCAAAGGAGAUCAUAAGGUCAAUGUCCUCUGUGACCUCGGCGCUCUGUACACAGAGUCUGAGGUGGAAGCUACGCAAACACUUGAAAAGGUGAGUUCACAUAAGAAGGGAGAUGAGGAAUCAAAGCAGCGAGGCGGCAGUGGUACAGGACAGAAGAAUACAGCAUCCUCCAAAGGCAAAGGAAAGGGAAAGAAGGACCACCAGGUGGAUGUCCACACAGACAGCUCUGUGUCUGUCCAACUGGAACCAGUGACUGUGGAGCUGCGUGUGGAGCUGGAGAAAUGGCAGUCUGCAUCUGAAGCUCACCAACUCCUGCUACAACAUUAA